CGGCGCCCGCGGCGCGGGGAGCUAGAGCCGCGGCAGGAUGAACCCCAAUGUCACCUACGCCAGUCGCAAGCGGCGGAAACCUGUGCAGAAAAUCGUAAAGCCGUCCCCGGCUGAAGGAGUCAAGUCCAAUCCAUCCAAGAGACACAGGGACCGCUUGAAUGCGGAGCUGGACCGCUUGGCGAGCCUGCUGCCUUUCCCUCAAGAUGUUAUCGCCAAAUUGGAUAAGCUGUCUGUGCUCAGGCUUAGCGUCAGUUACCUGAGAGCUAAAAGUUUUUUUGACGUUGCAUUAAAAUCAUCUAGCUCUACCAGACCAGAAAGAAAUGGCAUUCAGGAAACCUCUAGAACAGGAAAGUGUGGAGAAGGGAUGCAGAUCCUGGAAGGAGAACUCCUGUUGCAGGCAUUAAAUGGAUUUGUGUUAGUUGUUACAGCAGAUGCUCUGGUUUUUUACGUCUCUUCUACUAUCCAAGACUACUUGGGAUUCCAACAAUCGGAUAUUAUACAUCAGAGUGUAUUUGAAUUGAUUCACACAGAAGACAGACCUGAGUUUCAACGACAGCUACAUUGGGCAUUAAAUCCUGCCCAGUCAGAUGAUUCUGGACCAAGUGUACAAGGAGAUAAUGGCUUUUCACAGCCAGCAACCUAUUAUAACCCAGACCAACUUCCUCCGGAGAAUUCUUCCUUUAUGGAAAGGAAUUUCAUCUGCAGGUUACGAUGUCUCCUGGAUAAUUCAUCUGGAUUCCUGGCUAUGAAUUUUCAAGGACGAUUGAAGUUUCUCCACGGACAAAACAAGAAAGGGAAGGAUGGUGCUGCUUUGUCUCCUCAGCUUGCACUGUUUGCAGUAGCUACUCCCCUGCAGCCACCAUCUAUCCUUGAGAUACGGACCAAGAACUUCAUCUUCAGAACUAAACACAAGCUGGAUUUCACACCUACUGGCUGUGAUGCAAAAGGAAAGAUUGUCCUGGGAUACACCGAAGCAGAGCUGUGUAUGAGAGGAACAGGAUACCAGUUUAUUCAUGCAGCUGAUAUGCUUUAUUGUGCUGAAAACCACAUACGAAUGAUGAAGACAGGUGAGAGUGGAAUGACUGUAUUUAGGCUUCUAACCAAAGAAAAUCGAUGGGCCUGGGUACAGGCAAAUGCACGUCUUGUCUACAAAAAUGGAAGACCAGAUUACAUCAUUGCCACACAGAGACCUCUUACAGAUGAAGAAGGGGCAGAACAUCUACGGAAGCGUAACAUGAAGUUGCCCUUCAUGUUUGCCACUGGUGAGGCUGUGUUGUAUGAGGUGUCUUUGCCUAUGUCGAGCCUUAUGGACCCCUCUCAACCGAAGAGUAAAAGCACAGUGGGAAAAGGAGCCAAAGCAACGCUACACGAUGAUUCUGUGGAUCCAAACUCCCUCCUAGGUGUCAUGUUAAGGCAAGAUGAGUCUGUUUAUCUCUGCCCUCCAGCAUCACAUAAACUUUCUUUUGAGCGGAACUUCUUUGCAGACAGUAGGGAUGAACUGGGUGGUGUUGUUAGCAGUGGCUGGACAGACAAUCUCCUGCCUGCUGGAAAUCACAACAUUCUCAAACGGGAGCUGAUGGAGUGUUCCCAGGACAGUGUUCCACUUCCUGAAGACAGUGCAGCACUCUUUCAGGAUAACAAAACCAGUGACCUGUACAGCAUCAUGAAAAAUCUGGGUAUUGACUUUGAAGAUCUUAAGUGUAUUCAGCAGGAUGAGGAGUUUUUUAAAACUGAAUUAUCCGAUGUGGAUGAUAUUGGGGACAUCAACAUAACUGAUGAAAUCCUGACUUAUGUUCAGGAUUCCUUAAAUAAAUCUGACUUCUUAUAUUCAGACUGUAAUCAGCAGCAGCCCUUGGUCCAGAAUGAAGGUUGCAUGGUACAGCAGGACUUAGACCCACAUCAACUUCAUCAGCACCAGAAACAGCUUGUGGAACAGCAACAACAGCAGCAGCAACAGCAGCUCUGUCAAAAGAUGAAACAUAUGCAAGUCAAUGGGAUGUUCACAAACUGGAGCUCUGGCAUGCCUCUUAGCUGCUCACAGCAGCAGCCCCAGCAAUACGUGUUCCCUGGCAUGCAUGCCAGCACAUCUGAGUUCUCUUACAAAUCAGAAGUUAACACUUCCCCUUAUGAGUGUAGGCAAGACUUUGUUCCUUACAAGCAACCCACAGCAAUGAUGCCACAGCUUUCUAAUUUUGCCCAAAUGGAUUUUCCUGCAGCGGGUUUUGAUGGAUCGACCUAUUCUGCUUCUUCCAACUUCGAGGAUUUUCUCAGCUGUUUGCAGCAAGUCCCUGAGAACCUUGAGUGUGGGAUAAACUCUGAGUCGGUUCUGCUCACUCCUCAAACUUGCUAUGCAGGCGCUGUUUCUAUGUACCCGUGCACACAGGAGGCACAGCCCAGCUGUGUGGAUCAAAUGCAGUAUGAUCCCAUGAUGACGAAUCAACAACAACAAACAUUGGGGAACAAGUUCCAAAAUGGUUUCAAUGGAGGAAAUGUAAAUGAAUCAUAUCCCUCUCAGUUAGAUGUGAUCAGUAAUGCACAGACUGCCACACAUCUUCAGCCUCUUCAUCAUCCAAAAGAACCCAGAUCCUUCUCAGAUUUGGCAUCUAGUGGAUUUAUGUGAUUCAGAUCUAGAGCUCCAUCUGUGAUUUUGUCUGGGCGUCAGGUUGCUCUGAGGAAAAGCUUGAUAAGUCUCUCUUUGAGGGUUAGACUUUACCAGCUAAAUUACAUUUUGAGAAUAUGAGGUUGGUUGCACUAUAUAUGGGUGGAUAUGUAAUUCAAGACCUGGCUUUUUGGAAUGACAGGUGGAAUUAAAUCUUCCAAUUGAAAGUAAGCAUGUGCUGUUUUCCAUCAGGCUGACUGUGUCCUUGCAGUAUGGAUUGCGUACAUACUACAGACUAUGUCAUGCUAUACAACAUAAGAUAAGGCAAAUGGUUUUGUUGUUUAGAAAAUUGGGCACUUUACAAAUAGCACUGAUGGCACAAGGAAGGUGAUUUCACACGUGGAUUAUUUCCAGACUUUAU